AUGAACAUGUCAGAGCUUGAUUUUCUCGAAAUAUUGAAAAUGUUUAAUGCGUUUCUUGUAUUCAUAGAGAAUCCAAAUGUUUACGAAGAAAUAAACACUGAAAAUGUUAUAAAAAUUUUUCAAUGUGCACAAUUUAUUGAAAUUACAAUUGCUAAAGCAUAUGAAAUAGGCAAAGAAAAUGUACUUGAUAAUAAUCUUCACAGUCAUUGGUUGAAAGAAGGUAGAUCAAGUUUAUAUAAAUGUUCUGAAUUGAAAUAUGCCUGUGAUAAAUUAUUAGAAAUAUAUUUGAAAGAUACUAAUAUUUCAACUGAUAUUAUAGAUGAAUUUUUAAAAUUGUACAUUGAAUAUUGUGGCAGUGAUAGAUUCAAUAAUUUUCUUAAACAUGUAUUAAUUAAUGGAAUAUGUACAAAUAUAAUUAUAGAAUCUUUUGAAAAAUUGGACAUUUCUGCUUCAAAUAUACAAGAUGAAGCUUUAAUUAUGUCUUGGGAAUUUUUAAUUGGCAAUAGUAAUGAAUAUGAAGUUUUACAAUGUAUUCAUAAAAUGUUUGAUGAUGGUUUUUAUUCAAAACUAAUUCAAUUUGCUGGUAACUUAGAUAACAACAAUAAAAUUAAACAAAUAAUAGUUCAACUAUUAUCAAACAAGCUUAUUCAAAAUGAUGCAAAUCUUUGCUUAAUUUUUAUAAAUAUAAAACAAACAUUACUUUGGAAUUUUAUGCAAAAAAAUCCAGAGCUUUAUACAAAUUUUCUUGAUAGUAUAUUUUAUUUUGCACGUCAUAUGAAACAGAUUGAAAAUCAUUGGAUAUCAAACUACGAAUUUAAAUAUGAACAUCUUGUCAAAAUAGUAGAAAUAUUAUUAAAUGGUCCUACAGAAAUUUCAGACAUAAUAUACAACAGAAUGAAAUUAGUAAAAACACAUCCCAAUGGUAUAAUAUGGCAAAAAAUUGAAAAAGAUAUUGGAUGACUUAGUGUACCAGAUAAUACUCCGUUUACUGCUGUAUUAAAAUUUGCUGCAGAAGAAUUCAAAGUAUCUCCAUCAACAUCUGCAAUAAUCACAGAUGAUGGAAUAGGUAUCAAUCCGCAACAAACAGCAGGUAA